GGAGGAGAGGAGGGGUUUCAUCACCAGAGAAAUUGACAAAGAUUAUGUGAGGGUUGUUCAAAGGAUGUACAUGACAUGGUAUAAAAAGCCAAUAUCUGCAUCAGACAUGAGAACCGCUAUCAGAUACAUUCAAAGGAUUUUGGAACGGUAAGAAAGUCAAGGGGAAGCAACGAAAUUUUUUAGAGCUAUACAACAUAUUGAUAUGAUGAGAAAGAAAGGGCGACUGGACCAAGAGGGUCUUCCAGUGGAUUAUUCAAUGGAGGAGCUUCGGCAUAUCUUGCUAGAAAAGAAUGAACACUAACAAAAGAACUUGGAAUAAAUUGUAAAGGAGCUCGAAGAUAAAAGAGGCUUUCGACCUUCGCCAGAAGAAUUUGAAGAUUUCUUCAAUUCAAUGAAAGGUAAUAUAGUCAACCUUGAACAAGAAGGAGUAAUUAAAGAUAUGCAAAUUGAGGAAGGAAAAGAAGAACUUCAGCGAAAAAAUAUUCAGCUUCAUGAGAAAGAAGAAAUUAUAAAAGAUAAGGAUAGGUUGCUGGAAGAUAAGGAUAGAUUGCUGGAAGAUAAGGAUAAAAUGCUGGAAGAUAAGGAUAGAAUGCUGGAAGAUAAGGAUAGAAUGCUGGAAGAUAAGGAUAAAAUGCUGGAAGAUAAGGAUAAAAUGCUGGAAGAUAAGGAUAAAAUGCUGGAAGAUAAGGAUAGAAUGCUGGAAGAUAAGGAUAGAUUGCUGGAAGAUAAGAAGAAAGAAAUGCAAAGGCAAAACAGACAGAUUAAGAAAAUGCAAGAGUGUUUAAAGCAGUUGCAGGUAUUGAUAGCCAAAGGUUUGUUGUUGAGCGAAAAUGAAUGAGUUAAUACCUUAGAAAUAAAUGUAAAUAACGACAGAGAAAAAAAGAUAAUCUAAAAACUAUUUUUGCAUGCCCAUCAUAUUCAUGUUUUCUUGGUUUUGUACAUGAUUAAUUCAAUGAAACGCAGUAUUUCUAAAAUGUGCAGUAGUAAAGAUUCAUGAAUCUGGAAACAUACAUAAUUACAACAUUAU